AUGCCUUCGAUAGACAUACCACCCGUCUCCAAAAUCCCUUCCACGAAGCCGGACACAAGACCCCUACCAAGGAUACUCUGCCUACACGGCGGCGGCGUCAAUGCAACCAUCUUCGAGGCGCAAUCACGAUCACUCAUUCGGCACUUGCAGCAUUCCUUCCGCCUCGUAUGGGCAGAUGCGCCCUUCUUCUGCGACCCGCAUUCCGACGUCAUUGACGUGUACGGUUCAUAUGCGCCUUUUCGCCGCUGGCUAAGAUGGCUACCAGAGCACGCCGAGAUCGAUGCCGAGAGCUGUAUUGAGGAGAUUGGGUACGCUAUACGGACUGUGAUGGAAAACGAUGACAGCGAAGGCGCUACAGGCGAAUGGGUAGGCUUGAUGGGCUUCAGUCAGGGUGCGAAGUUGUCUGCGAGUAUAUUGCUUGAGCAGCAGGCAAGAGAGGCAAAGGCGAGAAGAGAACGGCGAAGCGUCGAUAUUGGUUUCACGGGGAUUCCAAACCUACACUGGAGAUUUGGAAUAUUGCUUGCAGGGAGAGCGCCGCUCAGCAAUCUCAACCCAGAGGUUUUGACGAGUCCGGCAUUGGUGGGCGCAGGCGACUUAUCCGAAGGGUUUCAGUUCUGCAAAGAGGUGGACGAGGACACAAUACUGAGGAUGCCAACACUGCAUGUGCAUGGCAUGGCUGAUGCAGGAUUACACCUGCACAGAAAACUAUUGCACGAAUACUGUUCGCAGGACUCCACAACGCUGGUAGAGUGGGAAGUCAAAAUGUCCAGCCAGCCAGGAUCCCACACUGCCGACGCCGAUAUUCCAAAUAAGGCUCAGCAGGAGGCGCCCCAGGGAAAGAAGGAGAACAUGGCAGAUGCGAGAGCUCCUGGUCACAUUGCCGGCGUUGAGGGGAAAAGCACGGACAACACCGCUGCCGACCCCAAUCCUGAGGCCGCCAGGAGCCACGCCAAAGAUGGAGGUCAGGCCUCCAUUGUGCCGCAGAAGAUCCAAGAGGAGCUACCUGAGAGCAUCGAACGUGCUGUACCGAAUGCCAUUCAUGACACCGGUAGCAAGUAG